CACAAAUAAUCUCAAAAAACACACACACAGUGAUACACUCACAGAGAUCAACAAUGGCUGCCACCACUGCUUCUGCUUCCUUCAUCCUCUCAAAACUCCUCCUAAAACCCUCAACCCCAAAACCCCUUUCUCUUCUUUCCCCCAUAAAAACCAAUCUUUUCUCCUCUUCUUCCCAAUUUUCAUCUCUCCCUCUAAAACUCAAACAACCCAUUCACCAUUUACCAUCUCUGAAAUACUCCACCUCCGCCACUUCAAGAAUCUCCGCCACCAUAUCUGUCGGAGACAGACUCCCCAAUUCCACCUUUUCUUACUUCGAUUCCUCCGAUGAACUCAAGACCCUUUCAGUUUCAGACCUCACAGCUGGAAAAAAAACCAUUCUUUUUGCUGUUCCUGGUGCUUUUACACCUACUUGUUCACAAAAACACCUUCCAGGUUUUGUGGAGAAGUCUAAGAAGCUUAAGGCUAAAGGGGUUGACACAAUUGCUUGUAUUUCUGUUAAUGAUGCAUUUGUGAUGAAAUCUUGGAAGGAAAAUUUGGGAAUUGGGGAUGAGGUGAUGAUGUUGAGUGAUGGGAAUUUGGAGUUUACUAAGGCUAUUGGGUGUGAGCUUGAUCUUAGUGAUAAGCCUGUUGGACUUGGUGUUAGGUCUAGAAGGUACUCUAUGCUUGUGGAAGAUGGGGUUGUUAAAAUCUUGAAUUUGGAGGAAGGUGGAGCUUUCAAUGUUAGUAGUGCUGAGGAUAUUCUCAAGGCCAUUUAGAGGUUUUUUCUUUCUUUUUGUUGAUUAUGAUGAUGAGGCUACUAAAUCUUGCUUUUUUUGUUUUACUAGCUUUCUUGUGAACAUUGAAUAAUACUCUUGUUUUUGGAGAUUAUGAAGUUUAGUUUCUAAUUAUGGUCUAAAA